UCCAAGAUAUUUACAAGCAUCCAUCCACCAUAAUAUGCGCAUGUACUACUGCAGCUUUGACCAGAGUACACUACACUGGAGCUUGCGCAACAAAGACUGUGAUUGCGGAUGUUGCAGAGGCCUGGCAUGGUGAACAGGCAAGGCCGACGGCGGACGUCAGGCAAAGACACCAUUAACAACCAACAAGUGCGGGGCUAUUGCACAGCCAGUCUUCUUGUCCAGGGUUGACAACGUAAAAAGCUUAAGCGGUACGAUCUGGUCGAAAGCGACAAGGAAGGAAUGGCUACUUAUAAUGGUUGCAUCUGAUGCACGAAGUAUAAGCGACUGCAGCAUGACGGCUUCUUACUACCUCAACCGCACCACAUCUUCGCUACGGCCUAAUCGGGCAAUCUCAAAUCUGUCAGCGUUGUUUCCCAAUUUGCAUCAGAUAGCCCGUCAGCAAACAGCCAAUACCCAGCUACAAACAUACUCAUGUACUCUUUGAGAUGCUUGUGGAAGCGCCCUUCUUGAGUGAGAGCUGAAUGUACAUUGCACGCUCUCCAGUGCAUGAUUCAAGAUGACACUGUUGUGAAACUCUUGCUUUAGGGGUGAUAUUAGUAUGUUUAAAGAUAGUGAUACUUCCU